AUGAUUAAUGUGACAAGUAGUGCAACAUUAACCAAAACACUACCAACAAGUUGUAGUGUAAAAUUAAAUUACCAGGAUUUUGAGACGUUGAAGAGUCUGCAAAAACCUUACUACGAACGUCAAAUGAAUAAUUUAAUAUACAACAAUGCAAGUGAAACAAAUGAAAAGAAAAGAUAUAAUGGCUAUGAACAUAUUCCAAUAUUAUUAAAAUAUUUUAAACAAUACACUCCAUAUUGUUCAGGUGUUUUUAAGAACAAAAAAUUUGGAACUUUACGAAAUACCACCGUUGGUUUAUUAUGUGUUAUAUCAUCAAACAUUUAUUGCAAACAAAAAGAAUGUGCAUUUUAUUGUCGCGCUAUUGUCAAAACAAACUGUUUUAUUUACAUUUACAUUCAAUCAAGUCCACGCAGCAAAGCAACACAAUUAAAUCAAAACAAGGAAAAUCAAUUAACAAACGAAGUUAAUCAUAAAAGUUAUCCCGCAGCAAGACCUAUCCAGAAGCCGGAACGGUUACAGUUAGAAACAUUAAUGAAUAAAGGUGUUACACAGCAUCAUAUUUUUUUUGAACAAAAAAAUCAACGUACAGUGAAGGAAAAAUGUGGUUAUAAUUAUGAUUCAUGUGGAACAAGUAUUAGAACAUUAAAAAAAAUCAAGGCUGAUUUCAAAUCACAAGCAUACAAAGCACAAAAUGAAGAUGAUUCAAUCCGUCAUAUUUAA